AUGGACAGAUUUCUUGUACAACCAGCAAAUCUUAAUGAAUCCGAUAGAAGUAGUGACGAGUUUGAUGAUCCAAUGGAAGAUGGGAAGAAAAUAAAUGAUGAGACUAUUAAUGAAGAAGAUAAGAAGAAUGAAGAUAAUGUUAACGUUGACAUUGAAGAGGAUGAGAAUCUAAGUAUAAAGGAGAAUCAUGAUGUUAAUGAUCAUCAAGAUAGUACAUAUAUAGACAGAAUCUUAGAUAUUUAUGAUCCUGGAAAUUGGGGAGAAGUCAAACCUGGAUUAAGACUUGUCAUGGUUGAAAAAGGUCAUGCUCAAAGACUACCGAAUGAUUUUGUGUUUCCAAGAGAGAAGUUGUUCACUCGCGACAACAAUCCCAGUCACAUGGCAUCUAAGGGAUUCAAUGACUGGAAACAUAUUUUGGAAAGGUUAAGGUACCACGAGACAAGUCAUGAGCAUAUCAAAUCAUUCCGUGGGGGAAACGAAAAGCUAAGAGUAGAUGUCAAUGGACAUUUUUUAAGCUUUAUUGAUUUAAUGGCUGAGUGGGAUCCGGUAAUGAGAGAACAUGUUAGACGGUUUGAAGAUGGGGAAUCUCGUUAUCACUAUCUCAGCAACAGAAUUCAGAAUGAGUUGAUAGCAACGAUGGCUGAUGAGAUCAAAGCAGCUUCAGCUAAGAUAGAAGAUUUUUUUCUCACAUUCUUGAUAGUUAGCGAUACAUCCGGAGAAGGGCUUUUCCGUGAGAUUCAUAAUGUUUUGGUUUCUCUUGAUUUAGAUAUUGAUGAUGUGAGGGUACAAAGAUAUGAUAAUGGAUCCAAUAUGAAGGGAAAACAUAAAUGA